UGUAAAAAAUGUAAACAAAUAUAAAAACACAAGUUAAUGCCUUUUCUUUUGUCUAGCUUCGUAAAUAAUGACAGUGAAGACAAUAGCUCCCAGUAUGUUCGAAUAGAAUUCUGAGUCCACACAAAAUCUGAAUUUUAUAAAUUUUCAUGCAAUCUAAAUAUUAAAAUUUUUCAUUUUUAAUCACUUUCAAUUCUAACAUAACUAUCAAUCAAACUAAUUCUAAAUAUUUAAUGAAUUAACACAUAGGUUCAAAUAUGGAAUAUUUCGAAGUAGUGAUUUCACCCCACUAAAGAUCAUAUUUCUUCUUAUACGACAUUAACCUGUGAAAAAAAAAAUGUUCAACAUUCUACGCCACUAUUGACUAUCCCUUUUGAAAGCAUCACUCUUGAAGGUGUUCAACAUUUAUGAUUCUAACAAAGAUGUCAGAAUAUGCACAUGUCAAAUUGUGUGGCUGUCUUGUUUGGGAAAUUUUCUUCCUGUGCUAGCAAAAUCAACUUUCACAACUAAGACUGUGGAAGACUUUUAGCCCCUCCACACGUAUAUAUGUAUUAAUAUUACAGAAGCAAGUGUAACCAUUUAAGCACAAGCUGUUGAACGAAAAGAAGAAGAAAGAGGAUGAAAGUUGAAGUAGAAAUAAUUUCUAGAGAAGAUAUUAAACCAUCUUCUCCCACACCCUCUCACCUUAGAGUCUUCAGGCUUUCCCUUUUGGACCAACUUAUCCCAUCGCCAUAUGCUCCAAUAAUCCUGUUCUACACCUCACCUAAGAGUAACACAACUUAUCUUUCUGAAGUCCCUGAGAGGUUAGAAUUGCUGAAAAAAUCUCUAUCAGAGACACUAACCAAAUUCUACCCUCUAGGUGGCAAAAUCAAAGAGGAUCUGUCCAUUGAGUGCAAUGAUGAAGGUGCUAAUUUUGUGCUGGUCCGAGUGAAAUGUCCUCUAGAUGAAUUUCUAGUCCAACCUCAGUUGACCGUACUAAACAAGUUUCUUCCUGUUGGUCUUGUUUCUGAAGGAUCAAAUUCAGGAACCUAUGUCACUAACAUUCAAGUGAACAUCUUUGAAUGUGGGGGAAUUGCCAUUGGCAUGUGCAUUUCACAUAGGAUCCUUGAUGGGGCUGCACUAAGCACCUUUAUCAAAGGGUGGACAGAAAGGGCCAAGGGUUGUAACCAAUCAACCCAACCAAACUUCAUUGCACCUUCUCUGUUCCCCGCUAACAGUCCAUGGUUUAGAGACUUAUCUAUGUGGAUGUGGGGUUCGUUGUUCAAACAAGGCAAGUGGGUCACAAGGAGGUUUCUGUUUAGAAACUCAGCUAUAGCUACACUCAAGGCUCAAACACCAGGCACAGAAAAUUCCACACGUCUUCAGAUGGUUUCUGCUAUGCUGUGGAAGUCCCUCAUGGGUGUGUCCAAGGCACGGUUUGGUACCAAAAGACCUUCUUUUGUGACUCAUUUGGUGAACCUGAGGAGAAAAAUGGAUGAGGCUCUUUGUCCUGAACAUGGUAUGGGAAAUGUUCUUUGGUUGAUGGCUGCAGAGAGUGUGGAUGAUAAUGAGAUGGGGUUGGAGGAGUUGGUGGGGAAGUUGAGGACUGCAAUAUCAAGAGUAGAUAAGGAAUUUGUUGAAGAAUUGAGAGGAGAUAAGGGAAGGUCAAUUAUCCAGGAGAGUCUCAGGGCAAUAGGUGAGAUGGGAUCAAAGAGUGAAGUGGAUUAUUUUGGGUUUAGUAGCUGGUGCAAUUUUGGGUUCUACGAGGCUGAUUUUGGGUGGGGAAAACCCACAUGGGUGAGUGGUGGUGGUUCAAUUGAUUCAGUUUCAAUGUUCAUGAAUCUUAUCAUCCUAGUGGACACAAGGUUGGGAGACGGAAUAGAAGCUUGGGUUACCUUGGAAGAAGAGGAUAUGAUUCAUUUGAAAGCAAACCCUGAACUCCUCACUUGUGCAAUACUGGAUCCAAGUCCUUUAGCAAUGAGUUCUGUUGCCUGA